AUGAGAAAAAAAGCUGUCUUGGCGCACGAGAUAAUUUCUCCUGAAUUCCAGAAAACCCAGAAUCUGUUAUGCAAUAGAAACGGAAGAAUUCCGUCAACCCAUAUGUUCUUGAUAGACCAUGAAUAUAAUUUACCUAGUUACAGCACGGAGCACUUGUCAAGCUCCACUCCCCACGCCGAGAUACCCGGAGCAUUAAUUGCUUCGAGAACCAAACCAUGUGCACACAGUCGCGCGCGGAGAAGCUUGUUGCUUCUUGUCUUGGUGGCAGGAAAGGAUAAUAGGAGGGAUUUAAUUUAA